UGAUUGGUCGUUGGGAGCCAAUGAAAAUAUUCCGUGCAAAGUGUCCAGGGGAUACCAAAAAAAUGCUCUUGCAGCAGACGACGCAAAUGAAAAAUGAAAAUUCCUCUCACAAAUCAUUAUUUAAAGAAUCUUAAGAACCAACCCUUGCCAGAAAUUACCACAGACGACGUUGACAGAGUUAUAGAGAGAGUCGAGGAAGAUGCCCGGAAGCGAAGGAAGGAUGGAAUAUUAGCCAACUUGGACCAGCAGACAUUAAACAACGUUCGAAACCAGGGAUUUAAAACUCCCAUCGUGUUGCCGUUUCGCAAACCAGAACUUACAUGUACCCCGCCACGCCUACCAAGACUUGUAAAUCUUAGUUUUAGUCAACCAUCAACACCAAAGACGCCGGCGAUCUAUAGACAUUGCGCAACGGGAUAUGCUGCCGCAACACCGUGCCUACCACAAAACAUUACAGACAAUUUUUCUGGAGAUGGGUUUGUCAUUGCAACUCCAGUGGUUCUCAGCGCUCUAGAUAAUCUACAUACAAUAACCUCUUUCGGAGAGAAUGUUCCUGACAUCCUGGAUUUUAUAGAUGAUGAUAGCCAUGAUGUGAGGGCAGUGGAUGAACACAUUCGACAACACACUGAUGUUGAUUUGAAUGACAACAAUGUAGUGGACUACCUGCUUGGAAUAACCGAAGAGAUAAUAAACUCUGAGGCAAAAGUCAUGAAAACACGGCAGCAGCCACAAGUUUGGACCCAGGUACAUGAAGAUCCACCUUUAAGGAGAAUGACACGACGCAGAUAUCUUCACUCAAAGGCGAUCACUGCUGAGGAGGAAAAGUCCCUCCGUAAAUUGAGGAAGAAACGGGAAAAAGAACGCAGGAAGGAGAGAAAGGAACUAUUCAAGAAGGAAACAAGAGGAACUCGAAGGAGCAAUAGAAAGAGGAAUCAGGUCAAGUAUUGCUGAUUCUGAAGAUGUAUCAUCUCAAUGUGCAGGCCAACAAUGGAUGAACACUCAUAAAUUGCGUUGGGUACUAUGUAAAUAUUGUAUAUAAAAAACAUUGUUAUA